AUGUUCUCCCGCUGGAACAAGCGGUGGAGUAAGGUAGACGCCGAGCGGUUCCAGAAAGGUUUCGACGAGUUUGUCAAGGAGAGAUCUUGGGAGGAGCGCAAGGCAAGUCCAAGCGCAAAGCAACAGCAGGAGGAGUUCGACACCUUCUGGAGAGAAUUUCAGAAGAGAGAGGAAGAAAUCCAUGAGAAGCAUUCUCGUGAGUUCUCGCGCCAGUACAACGAGGCUCGCUCGCACUUCCGGCAUCGGAGGAAGCAGAGAGCAGAGCAAGCGCAGAGUUUCGAGAUGCCCCCCAUGGUCCCGAGGCAGGAGGUGGAGAGUGCGAUGAGGCUGCUGGAGAUUCCUGUGACGUCUAGCUUGAUGAGCGAGGUCAGCGAGGAGAAGCUGAAGAAAGCGUACAUCGCAUGCGCCAAGAAGUGGCACCCCGACACAAGACCGCACGAGGAGCGAGCGGAGGCAGGAAACAGGUUCAAGAUGAUUGGAGCUGCAUACGACAAGUUGAAGCCGCUGUGCGAGCAGAGAUUAUGA